CACCGGUUCCGCUCGGUAAUAGCCGGCGGAAAAAGAGGACCCCCGGGAGCGGACCCUGGCGUCUGGCUUCCCAGCCCGGUUCAGGCUUGGGCGCGUAUGGAGGGGACCGUGGAGUUCCAGACACCUGACCUGCGAGACGUGGAGGGCAAGGUGGGCAGGAAGACCCCUGAAGGGCUGCUCCGCGGGCUGCGAGGCGAGUGGGAGCCCGGAACCUCUGGCGCGCUGUUGCUCCCGGGGGCGACCAGCAGAAGCCCCGGCCUGGGGGACAAGAUCAUGGCGCUAAGGAUGGAGCUGGCUUACCUACGAGCUAUUGAUGUGAAGAUCCUGCAGCAGCUGGUGACCUUGAACGAGGGCAUUGAGGCAGUGCGUUGGCUGUUGGAGGAACGGGGGACACUGACCAGUCAUUGCAGUAGCCUCACCAGCAGCCAAUACAGCCUGACAGGAGGGAGCCCAGGCCGCUCAAGGCGGGGCAGCUGGGACAGCCUUCCAGACACCAGCUCUACUGACCGGCUGGACAGUGUCUCUAUUGGCAGCUUCUUGGACACUGUGGCCCCCAGAGAGCUUGAUGAACAGGGUCCCCCAGGGGCUCCCUGUCCUGAGAUUGACUGGACAAAGGUUAUACCUGGCGAGGAGAGGGCCAGGACUGAGGUGGAUCUCACAGCCACCAGGCUAGGGAGCUUAAUGUCUCUGAGGAAGCCUCCAGGGGAGGGGCUCCAAGGUGGACCAUUGGAGCCACCAGAGGAUGAGAGUGCCAAACUGGACUUUGAGGCCCACUGGUACUGGGGACAAUGCCAAGAUGAUGUGACCUUCUUGUAACAACUUUCCCAACAUUUUGUACUCCUAUAGAUCUUUCAUCCCUUGGCCCUGGUCUUCCACAAAAUUUAUUCUCCCUCAGUCAAGGAGUAGGAAUAGGAUGCUCUGAAAAUCAAUUACCAUGAAAACCUGGCUCAUCAUAACUCCGGUCCUAGGGAGUCUCUACCUUUAUCCCUCAAUUACCAGGCCCCUAGAGUUAUUUUCAUAGAGAGGUUAACUACAGGUGGGUGUCUCCUGGUGUGAGGGUAUUUCUGUCCUCCCUCUCUCUGCCCCUGCCCCAGAUAAGGAUUUAUGACCCAUAGGAGAUCACUAAUGAAGAAAUUGGGAUGUAAUUACUUCAUUCAAAGUCUAAAAGUCUUGCCACCUCUUGGUCAAGAAGACUGAGACAUUCAGGGCCAACCCUUCCUAGAUUAGCCCUCCCAGAAUCCUUGGGAGUUGGUAGACCCUCCCCUUCCUACCUGCUGAAUGAUGUCAUUUUCUGCUAGGAUGGACUGACUUUUGUCUGUUUCAGUCUUUGGAUGGUCAGUAUAAGGGUGUCUGUGCCUCUUCUGCUAAGUGAUACCAUAUCACUUCAUAGCCUUACCAUUACUUCAUGUGAAUGGCAACACAUCACCCCUUCUGGCAGAAAGUUGCUCACUGGUGGAUGUUUGUGCUGCUUUUUGGAAUGUUCUUACCUUUUAAACAGGGAAUUCUCAUUUUGUCCUAA